AUGGCUUCAAUUGAUUUUGUUGCAAUCCCAGCUGCCGCUAACUAUGUCACAUUCGAUGAUUUACGCUUAGGUCGCUCUUCUCAGGAAAUUGUUGGCCGCCUUCUCCGUUUCUGGGAUGCGAAGAAUAUCAAAAAAGAUGGGGAGUUCAUGGGCAUCGUCCUCCUCCUGUUGGAUGAGAAGAACUCAGUCAUACAUGGAUUCAUACCAGCUGUCCGUGCAAGCCAAUACCGUCAGCAGUUACGAGAAGGCCUCAUCGUCAAACUCACCGACUUCGAAGUGGGCCGAUGCACAAACCUUUACAAAAUCACAGACCACCCUUUUGUGAUCCGUUUUCUACAUGGGACCACAAUUUCCGACGUCUCAGAUGUUGGGCGGUCAAUUGCAAAAGAAAAAUUCAUGCUACGGAAGCUAGACCACCUCCAAGCUUUGGCAAACACCAAUCUUGAACUUCCUGAUGUUGUUGGCCACAUCCGUUUUGUUCAAGGCUCCAACCUAAGAGACGCUUCUUCCACGCAACGUCUGGUCGUCCGGUUCCAAAUUGAUUCAUCUGUUACUGUAUCUCUUUCACUCUGGGAUGACGCCGCUGCAACCUUUCGUGCACACCUUUCCUCUGAAAACAAGUUGUCCUCUGUCAUGCUGGUCACUACGGUCAACCCGAAGCUCUUUGGAGGAAACCUGUUCCUUAACUCCACUCCAGCAACAAAGUUUUACUUUGACCCAAAAAUAGAAGCAAUUCAAGAGUUUACCAAAAGUUUGUCCAUUGAGGCAGCAACUCCUUUCGGUCAAGCAGAAACAUCAGAGGGUGUCCAGAAAAAGGAAAGACUCUCCAUCAAAGAACUACAUGACUACCUUUCACAAAGCAAAGACCAGAUCCAAGAGGCAGAAUUCCUCUGCAAAGCAACAAUUGUGGGUGUACUUCAAAGGAAUGGGUGGUCGUAUGUGUCAUGUGCUGGGUGUAGCAGGAAGCUGGAAAAGUCUGGCCAUGCCUUACGUUGCAACAAAUGCGUUUCACCGGAUGUAACAGGAGUAGUAAGGUACCGGGUGGAACUAGCUGUCCACGAUGGUGUUGACGGAGCUACAUUUGUGGUUUUUGACACAGAAAUGACAAAGCUAACAUCCAAACCUGCUGCCACUCUCCUCCUUGAGGGUGAAGGUGAUGAACACAAUGAGUUACCAAGCUGUUUAAAGAGCCUCGCUGGGAAAGAAUUUAUUUUUCAGAUCAAAGUUACUCCGUUCAACUUCACACCAAAACAUAGAACUUUCACCGUCUCAACAAUGACCCCUGAAUCCACACCUCAAGACUUUCCACAAGUCAACCCACCAAUGCCACCGCCACCACCCCAGCAACCAGAUACCACUAACAUGAAGGAAGAGUGGGCAACAAAUCAUAAUGGCAAUGAAGGUGAAAACAAACGGAAACGUGCCCCUGAGUAG